AUGGCCGCCAAGAACCUUCCUCCGGCGUUCAACGCAACUGCGCAGGACAUCGAGAUGCUGCUGUCCGCCCAGUGCCAUAUCGGCAGCAAGAACCUCCAGGUCCACAUGGAGCCAUACCUGUGGAAGACUCGCCCAGACGGCAUCAAUGUCAUCAACAUCGGCAAGACCUGGUGUGUCAUGAACUGAAUGAGGAAAGCGUUGGAGCCGCGCGAAAUUGCAUUAUAUGUGCACUUCCAGCUGUUUCUCGCGACUCUAAUGGUCCUUAUGUGAGAUAUGUGCGCUAACAACCACCUCAGGGAGAAGAUCGUCCUCGCAGCCCGCAUCAUUGUCGCCAUUGACAACCCAGCCGACGUCGCCGUCAUCUCUGCCCGUCCCUACGGCCAGCGUGCCGUCCUCAAGUUCGCCGCCCACACCGGUGCCUCUGCCAUCGCCGGUCGCUUCACUCCCGGUAACUUCACCAACUACAUCACCCGCUCGUUCAAGGAGCCUCGCCUCAUCAUCGUCACCGACCCACGCACCGACGCCCAGGCCAUCAAGGAGGCUUCCUACGUCAACAUCCCCGUCAUCGCCCUUACCGACACCGACUCGCCGACCGAGUACGUCGACGUCGCCAUCCCAACCAACAACAAGGGUCGUCACGCCAUUGGUCUCGUCUGGUGGAUGCUUGCUCGUGAGGUCCUCCGUCUCCGUGGCACCCUCGCCAGCCGUGAGGCCGAGUGGGACGUCAUGACCGAUCUGUACUUCUACCGCGACCCAGAGGCUGAGGAAAACAAGGACUCUGCCGGCCAGGACGAGGCCAAGGUUCCAGGCGCUGACGAGGUCGGCCCCGGCGCCGUGGAGAGCGGCUUCAACAACGAGUGGGAGGUUGGCAAUGCGGGCUCGAGCGCAUUCGCUGCUGCUAGCGGUACCGCUGGCGCAGCUGCUGCCUCGUCCUGGGAUGCCGAGGGUGCUGACUGGGCUGCUAGCAGUGCUCCCGUGGAGACUGGCAACCAGGGCUGGGCUACUGAGACUACCGGCGAGGCCCAGCCAGAGACCACCUGGUAA